AUGCUGCACAUUCUGAUCCCAUCUAAUGCCACCGCUGCGUUGCUGGAGCGCCGUGGCCAGCCGAUCCAGAACAUCGGCCAGCAGGCGGACUGCACACUGUCCAUCCGCGAACCGGAGGCCUCGCCGUUCAAGGACGAUCGACUGCUCCGCAUCUACGGGAAAGCCAAGUGCAUCAGCUUGGCCCAGCGGCUGAUCAUUGCGUACAUCCGCGCGUAUCGAGCGGACAAGCGCGACCCAAACUAUAUCGACCUCACGGACGAGACUCCACCGGUAGCACUACCCGCCACAUCCAUCACGAAAGCCGUGAGCGUAGCUGUGUCGUCUGGGAAGAAGCCUGAGCUGGAGAUUGCAAGUCCGUUCCACUGGAUGGUCCAGCGCGAAGACGUAGGGAAGAUGAUGGGGCGACAGGGAAGCAUUCUCGCAGCAAUCCGUCGCGAUACGGGUGCCACGAUCCAUGUCGACGAGGACGUCGUUCCCGGGACCACAGAGCGUCGCGUGGUUCUGACUGGAUCUGUGGACUCAAUCGCUGCAGCUGUGGAGGAGAUUAAAAGCAAAGCUGGUGGGCGUCCUGAGGUGUCGGCGACCGUCGCCAAUGGACGACUUGGACAGUAUUUCGCCAUCCCGUACUACGCCGCAGGAUUCCUCAUCGGCCCCCAGGGCUCUACAGUCAAGCACAUCACUGAGCGCACAGGCGCGCGCCUACAAAUUCCUUCCGCGGAGGAUCUGCCUCUAGGUAGCAUCAACCGCAUCCUCCAUAUGCAAGGCACCCCCAAGCAGACCGAACACGCACGGCGUGUCGUCACGGCCAAACUUCGGGACUAUCUGGCCUCUCCAAAGUGUCCGAGGGCGUUGAACCCCUCUUCAACCGGUCGCAAGGGCGACAAAGUCACCAUUAAGGUUCUUCUCCCCUCCAGGAUUUGUGGGUUUAUGCUGGACCAGCGCGGGAAGCUGAUCCAUGAGAUUUCUGAAAAGGCUGGCGCUCACACACAUCUCUUAGCUCCACACGACGACGAGAACCGAGUUUGUGUCUUCACUGGUGACAUGAGCUGCGUGCUCCGCGCGCAGCGCUUGGUGCUGCAGCUUAUUGCAGGG